CUGAGCAAAAUGUUUGGCAAUGGGCGGGCGCGCUCGGGCAUCAUUGUGCUGCCGUGCGGGGCAGGCAAGACGCUGGUGGGCAUCACGGCAGCAUGCACAGUCAAGAAAAGCAUCCUGUGCCUAUGCACGUCGUCGGUGUCGGUGGUGCAGUGGAAGCAGCAGUUCCUGCAGUGGUCGACGAUCCGCGAGGACCAGAUCGCAGUGUUCACGUCGGACCAGAAGGAGCGGUUCCAGGGCGACGCGGGUAUUGUGAUCUCGACGUUCUCGAUGGUGGCCAACAUGCGCAAGCGGUCGUAUGAGGCGCAGAAAAUGAUGGACUUCCUCAACAGCCGCGAGUGGGGGCUGCUGCUGCUAGACGAGGUGCACGUGGUGCCGGCGGCCAUGUUCCGGCGUGUGGUGACGCAGAUUGCCGCACACUCGAAGCUUGGGCUGACGGCCACGCUGGUCCGCGAAGACGACAAAAUCGACGAUCUUAAUUUCCUGAUCGGCCCCAAGCUGUACGAGGCCAACUGGAUGGACCUGGCCAACAAGGGCCACAUUGCCACGGUGCAGUGCGCCGAGGUGUGGUGCGAGAUGACGUCCGAGUUCUACAAGGCGUACCUUGAGGAGACCUCGCGCAAGCGCCUGCUCCUGUAUGUCAUGAACCCGAACAAGUUCCGCGCGUGCCAGUACCUGAUUAAAUUCCACGAGGGCCGCGGCGACAAGAUCAUCGUGUUUGUCGACAACGUGUUUGCUCUGCGCAUGUACGCAGAGACGCUCAAGCUGCCGUUCAUCUACGGCGGCACGCCGCAGCAGGAGCGCAUUGCGAUUCUCAACCAGUUCCAGCACAACCCGAAUCUCAGCACCAUCUUCCUGUCCAAGGUUGGCGACACGUCGAUCGACCUGCCUGAGGCCACGUGUCUGAUCCAGGUCUCAUCGCACUACGGCUCGCGUCGGCAGGAGGCACAGCGCCUGGGCCGCAUUCUGCGCGCUAAGCGACGGAAUGACGAGGGAUUCAAUGCGUUCUUCUACUCGCUGGUCAGCAAGGACACGCAGGAGAUGUACUACUCGACCAAGCGCCAGCAGUUUUUGAUCGACCAGGGGUAUUCGUUCAAGGUCAUCACCGAGCUCGAGGGCAUGGAGGACUGCAAGGGCCUUGUGUAUGGCGAUGUCGAGGAGCAGAAGAAGCUGCUGCAUUCCGUCAAGAUGGCAGCCGAGACCGAGGCCAGCAUCGACGAGGAGCUGCCACCCGACCUCGACAUCACCGGCGCCGCUGCACGCAAGCGCGCUAUAGCCAAGCGCACGGCUGGGUCGCUGCGUAGUCUCUCGGGAGCCGACUCCAUGGCGUAUAUGGAGUCUGGGCGGCGUGGGCCGGGCGCGCGUCGCAACGCCGAGCCGACCGAGCACCACUCGCUGUUCAAGCGCCAGUUCUAUGGUAAAAAGUAGGAUCAUAUUAAAGCUG